AUACAUAUCCAAGGCCAUUGAGUUAAAUGGACCAAAUUUUGAUUGGUUGCAUUCCCCGGUGGAUUUCAGAGCUGUUUAUCAGUGCUCUUGAGGUCGGGCACAUGGCAAAUGGGCUACGUUUAAUGGGACCAUCAAUGACAGAGAAGCUCUUCCUGAGUUGAAGCGAAGUCAUGCCUCUGUAAUGGCUGCUAGGCGUCAACGUCAAGAGGAACAAGAACAUAUAAGGAAGGAAGCUCAUGAUAGCAAAUUGGCCAAGGAUUAUGCCCAAAGCAUGUUGGAGUGGGGUAGAACUGUACAGUCUCAAUUUCAAAGUUUGCAAAGCUUUAUGGAGAGUGUUGCUUUGCGUACUGGUAUGCCAGCCACAAGUGUUCCUUCUAUCCUGCCACCGCCACCUCCGGCUCCCAGAUAUGUUGUUUCACCAUCUCCAAAUCCCUCACCUGAAAAUGUUGGUACCUUUGGCUCAUCUGUUGGAAUGGAAACUCCUGAAGAAACAUUGAGUAGGAUUGCAAGUGGAAAUUUUCGCAGCCAUGUGAAUGCAACUACAAGUGGUGGGGGUACCUACUCUCCACCAGUAGAGGAAGACUUCCCAUUAUUUCCAUAGCAACUUUGGUUAAGCUAGCAUAUUUAGUCUCAUGUCACUUAGUGAAUCAACUUGUAAGAUGUUAUUUUGCAACUAAUAUUAGUGGACCAUAAUGCUUGUAUUAGUGAAUCAUGGAGCUUCAGUAUUAGUGGACCAUCAAGCUUGUAUUGUUAAGUUGUUACCUACGUGAAUGUUUUAUCUUAUGAAAUUAAUGCUAUUGUUCCCAUUCACAUGUA